AUGGCCUCAACACAAGCCGAAGAAAGAUGGCAAACAAAACGAAGAACUUUUAUGGAAAGAAACGAGUACAUGUGGAACAAAUCUCUCAUGAGCGACGUUAAGUUUGGCUUUCCUAACACCACUGACACAAGCACUUACAAAACAGUCAUUCCCGCACACAAGUAUGUUCUUGCCGUUGGAAGCCCAGUAUUCUAUGCUAUGUUUUACGGUAGCAUGAAGGAGGAGAGAGACAUCAUAGAAAUUACUGAUUCUGAUCCAGACAGCUUCCUUCAUUUUUUGCGAUUUCUUUAUUGCGACGAAGCGAAUUUCGUAGAAGUCGUCUCUGCUAUUAAAGUCUGGUAUCUUGCCGAAAAAUAUGACGUGCCAUCGCUUUCAAGAGUGUGUGUAAACUUUUUGGAUGGAAACAUGGAUCCACUGAGAGCUUUCGAUAUUAUACCUUAUGCUAAAAAACUCGGGGAUGAAGGUCUGGAAGAGGCAUGCUGGGAAGUGAUUGAAUACAACGCAGAAGUGAUAGCCUACGACGAGACUUUUCUUGAUAUAAAACACGAGUUUGUAGUUUCAUUUCUCGAGCGAUCGCAUCUCGUUAUUACGGAAGUAGAUUUGUUUAACGCCGUGGAUCGCUGGGCCGCAAAGCAAUGCGAAGACGAAGGCAUGGAGACCGAUGGACCAACUAAAAGGUCUGUACUAGGAGACAGUUUGGUGCAGAAGAUUCGAUUUCCUUUAAUGUCACCCAAGGAAUUUUCCGAUUUGGUGUUGCCUAAAAACAUCUUAACACAGGAUGAAAUUAUCCACGUGUUUAAAAGUUUCUAUAGUGAUUACUCAGACGUUGUUGCCCCCAUGUUCGAAUUUCGUCCAAGGGUGAGUAGUGCACCCAGUCCACCCAUGCUGUCCUUUACGUUUUCUCUGAAUCCUUUGUUAAGGACAAGUUGGCAAUAUGUCUUUGAAUCAGCAAUGUUGUCCUUCGAAGUCAGUAGGCCCAUACUUUUAUGUGGUUUCCAGUUCCUUUUCAACCCCACGGCUACAUCCGGGUGUGUCAGCGUAACAAUGUGGCGGCGGGGCGUAAAGAUGAAACAACUUAUUGCCAAAUCUCGUCCUGACACAUGGAACACCGACUCUUUUCAUGGACAAAACAAGGUGUUUUUCAACAGGCCAUUUACCGUGGACGCUGAGACUUGCUACACCAUUGAACUGCUUGGGGCAUCGAGCCAUUCACCGAGUUAUUAUGUCACAAACGAUUCCUCAGGGUUUGAUACCUACCCAGUUCAGGAAGACAUAACAACAGAUGAAAACUAUGAUGUAACUCUUAAAUUUUGUGAAGGAUUACGUGUUGACGAAAUUUCCUUAAAUCGCCCAUAUUUUGGACAUAUAGAAAAGGUGCUAUUUACUGAAAAAGAUUGUUCUCUUGAGUAG